AAGAAGAUAGUUUCUAAUCGACCUUUAGCCAAUCGAACCUUUAGUCGUGCGUCAUCCAUCUCUUCGACAACGUGUGUUGCGUGUGAUCUCAAAAACAUAGUGAGGACACAUAUAUUUUAAAAAUGGCUUGUCCAAUAUCAGGUGAUAUCUCAGAUAACAACGAACAUAUCUUGCGAAGAGAAGAUCACGAUCAGGAUGAGGAUAAAUUAAAACAAAGACCAGUGAUGUUGUAUAACGAAUAUCUGUGUUUGGACAAGAUAUUAUCUGCACAAAGACUUCUUAGCGCUGAAUAUAACAAUGAAAUUCAUGAUGAACACCUUUUUAUUAUUACUCAUCAAGCCUAUGAACUUUGGUUCAAACAAAUUAUUUUUGAGCUCGAUUCCGUUAAGGCGCUCUUCAGUUCGGAAUUCAAUAGUUACGACGCAUCCAAUAAAUUUUCCAGCAAUCAUUCGAUUACCAAACAGGAUAAUGGAGUUUCUUACAUUUUGAAAGAGUCGAAUACCUUGGAGAUUCUGAGGCGAUUAAAUCGCAUUGUACUCAUCCUAAAACUAUUGGUGGAUCAAGUAACGAUUUUGGAAACGAUGACGCCAUUGGAUUUUAUGGCAUUUCGAGACUACUUAUGUCCAGCGUCAGGUUUCCAAUCACUACAAUUCCGUUUACUAGAGAACAAAUUGGGCGUGAAACGGGAGCAUAGAGUCAAAUAUAAUCAGAGUUAUAUGAGGAUCUUUGGGAGAGAUCCUAAAGCUAUCGAGGCGAUCAAGCGAUCAGAAGAGGAGCAUAGUCUCAGUAUUCUGGUUCAAAAAUGGUUAACCAGGACACCAGGACUUGAGGCUCAUGAUUUCGAUUUUUGGGGAAAAUACAAGCGAUCGGUGGAGAAGAUGCUGACCGAGCAAGAACAGGCCGCACAUAAACAACCAAAGCAGCAAAUCAAAGAACAUUUAUUGGCUAAUCUACGUUCUCGGCAAGCAAUUUUCGAAACUAUCUUCAACGAAUCACUCCACAAUGCUCUUGUGUCGCGCGGGGAACGUAAAUUUUCAUACGAUGCCCUUCAAGGAGCAAUAAUGAUUACUUUGUAUCGGGACGAGCCGCGAUUCAAUCAACCGCAUCAAAUCCUCAUGACAUUAAUGGAUAUCGAUUCACUAAUCACAAAAUGGAGGUAUAAUCACGUUAUCAUGGUACAAAGGAUGAUCGGAUCUCAACAAUUGGGCACUGGUGGUUCCUCUGGUUAUCAUUAUCUAAAAUCUACGCUAAGCGAUAGAUAUAAAAUUUUCCUCGAUUUAUUCAACUUAUCAACAUUCCUGAUACCUCGUCAUAUGAUUCCACCACUGACGAAACAAAUGAAGAUAAAAUUAUCAAUUGCCUGGAGCGAUUGGAAUUCGGAAGAUUACCAAAAUAAAGUAGGGGACUCUUUAUGAAACUCCUAAGUUAUUGUACGCACGACACAGCAGACCUCAUAAAACCUCUUAUAAAUAAGUUUUAUUUUCUUA